AUGGACGCCCUCCCACCCCGCCAACAGCGAUGUGGCGGCUCUGGCCACUGUGACGUAGCUGAGACAGAGAGGGACGCAUUAAAACUUGAAGCGGAACAAUUUCGAGGCCAGCGUAAGGACGCCGCAGCACUGAAGGAAGAUAGGCACCGUCGUAUAUUAGAAGCCAAACGCCAAGUAUUGUAUACGAAAGCCAUAGAGGAAGAGAAGGACGCUCUCAAGCUUGAAGCAAAACAAAUUCCAGGCCAUUGUAAGGAAGUCGCAGCAAUGAAGGAAGAUAGGCACCGUCGUAUAUUAGAAGCCAACCGCCAAGCAGUGUAUACGAAAGCCAUAGAGGAAGAGAGGGACGCUCUCAAGCUUGAAGCAGAACAACUUUGGGCCAUAGAGGAAGAGAGGGACGCUCUCAAGCUUGAAGCAGAACAACUUCGGGGCCAGUCUAAGGACGCCGAAGCACUGAAGGAAGAUAGGCACCGUCGUAUAUUAGAAGUCAAACACCAAGCAGUGUAUAAUAAAGACAUAGAGGAAGAGAAUGACGCUCUUAAGCUUAAAGCAGAAAAACUUCGGGGCCAGUCUAAUGACGCCGAAGCACUGAAGGAAGAAAGGAACCUUCGAAUAUUAGAAGUCAAACGCCAAGCAGUGUAUACGAAAGCCAUAGAUGUAUACGAAAGCGAUAGAGGAUUAGAAGACGCUCUCAAACUUGAAGCAGAACAACUUCGAGGCCAGUCUAAGGACGCCGAAGGUCUGAAGAAAGAUAGGCACCGUCGUAUAUAUGAAGUAAAACGCCAAGCCGUGUAUACGAAACCAAUAGAGGAAGAGAAGGACGCUCUCAAGUUUGAAGCAGAACAUAUUCCAGGCCAGUCUAAGGGCUCCGAAGAACUGAAGGAAGAUUGGUACCGUCGUAUAUUAGAAAUCAAACGCCAAGCAGUGUGUACGAAAGCCAUAGAGGAAGAGAAGGACACUCUUAAGCUUGAAGCAGAUCAACUUCGGGGCCAGUGUAAGGACGCCGAAGCACUGAAGGAAGAAAUGAACCGUCGUAUAUUAGAAGUCAAACUCCAAGCAGUGUAUACGAAAGCCAUAGAGGAAGAGAUAGACGCUCUCAAACUUGAAGCAGAACAACUUCGAGGCCAGUCUAAGGACGCCGAAGCACCGACGGAAGAAAGGAAUCGUCGUAUAUUAGAAGUCAAACUCCAAGCAGUGUAUACGUAA